AUGGAGAAGCUCGAGACGAAGCUGAAACAGUUGAACCUAGGAGUCCUUCGAACGAAGAAUAUCUUGGACUCAGGUAAGAGAGAAUCAAUUAAGCAGCAUCUCGAUGCGCUACGUGAGACUGUUUGGGAAUCAAACGAACUUAAACGAGCUGCUGAAGCGGCAAAAAUUGAACUAGGCGAAAGCGUCGAGAAAAUUAAUGAUUGGAACAAUGAGAUUGACGCUAAGAUUGAACUGGCGGACGUUGAAAUUGAUCAGUUAGAGAGUUGGCUUGCGGAAAAGGAACGUUCCGAGCAUCUCGUAGCGCAAGAGAAGCAGUUUAAUGUUGAGUUAAAACUGCAUGAAAAACGCAUGAAAAUGAAGGCUGAACUUGAACUAAGUAAGACCGCAACGGAAGUUCAGGAAUGCGCUGGAUUUAAGACAGCUAAAUUACCCAAGUUAGAAAUAUCAAAGUUCGAGGGGUUCGAUUAUGGAUUGGCCUAGGUUCUGGGGGCAGUUUGAUGAAGCAAUAGGAAAAAGUUCAAUCGCACCUAUCAGUAAAUUUACCUACUUGCGCGAGCUGCUUGGGCCCAAAGUAAAACGCUGUGUUGAAGCCCUUCCGUUUACACCAGAGGGUUAUAAUCGAGCCAAGGCAAUCCUGAAAGACAAAUACGGUAAAGAGUCCGAAAUAGUGAACAGUUACGUCAAAGAAAUACUAGAAUUGCCCCAUAUUACAACAGCAAAUCCACGUAAAAUCGCCAAAUUUAGCAAAAAACUGUCUUACUGUGUUCAAGCGCUAGAAACCAUGAAAAGGCUUGAUUCUGUGCAGGGAAAUGUAUCAAUGACCCUCGAGAAAUUAGUCGCAAUUAGGGGAGACUUAGUUCGCACUGACGCUGAGUGGGAAUCCUGGGAUUUUGUAAAGUUAACCGAAGCUCUGCGCCAUUGGGUGAAACGUAACCCAGUCGUAUCUAAUGACAGAGAGCGUGAAGAGAACACUCGCGAUCAUAGAAAAUUAUUUAAUGCGCGGGGCGAAGAAGUUAAGCUAAGGGGCUGUGUGUAUUGUGUGGACACUGGUCACAAAGCGACGCAGUGCGAAAAGGUCAUCGACACAAGCGAACGCAAGAAAAUCCUUGCAAGAAGGGGUUUGUGUUUUAAUUGCGUGACGAGAACACAUCGUGCGACAGAAUGUUCAAGCAAAGCAUCCUGUCAACACUGCAAUAAACGUCACCACUCCUCAAUUUGCGACCAACGUCAACAAAACGCCGAAGGGGAGCACAAACUGAUGACAGACGGUGUCAGCGGUGAUGGUGUUUUCCUGGUAGUCGUAGUAACAGUAAACGGUGUAAAGUGUCGUGUACUAAUUGAUUCUGGCGCCGGCGGGUCGUAUGCCUCAGCCAAGCUGAUUAAGAUGAUUGAUAGUAAACCGAUUGAAUCCAGAGUACAACGUGUUGACAUGCUCCUAGACUCGAAGGCAACCCGGAUGGAAUUUUACGACACGGAAGUACGCGCCUUAGAAGGAAAUUUCAAAAUGAAUGUGAGAAUGGCCAAAGUGGAAACACCAGAACUAUUAACUAUUAAUAACCCGAACUAUGAGAAGCUAAUUUGUGAUUAUAACCACCUUGGGAACGUUGUCAUUGAUGAUUGUGAUACGAAAGAUAGAUUGCCCAUUCAUUUAGUGCUCGGUAACGGCGAGUACGCACAAAUCAAAACAAGCACGAAGCCUGUUAUCGGCGGCGACCACGAACCGGUGGCGGAGAAAACGAAGUUGGGCUGGUUCAUCAUGAGUCCCGGAAUCGAUUUCGACCACA